AUUACUAUCUGUUUUAAUGAAAAUCUCUAUAAAGAAGUGGUGACAUAAUUUGUUCAGAAAAAAAUCCUCUGGUACAGAAAAACAUCAAGAUGAGGGAGAGGAAGGUAGUGGUGCAGGUCAUGGCAAUAUAGACCCCGAAAGAUGCGACUUAGAAAAUGGACUCAAGAACGGAUCAGCACCUGAGAAGAAGCAAGAGAUAGUAAAUAAGAAGGAUCAAAGUAGUGAAAAAGAGAGUGAAGGUAUAAGAAAAUUAAACAAAAUCUUAGUUUACUCCGAGAACGAGGAAGAUAAGAGAAGUAAGGAUAAUAAGUCGACUCUUUCUCUCAAUGAUGUUGCUGGCAAAUUAAAUCAACAAAAUGAGCAAUAUAUGAAUUCUGACAAGAAUAGCCCACAACAAGAGAAAAUACCUAUAUAGUUGAGAAAGAAUCUGAUAAGAAAAGUCAAGACAACCUGGAGAGUAUUCUAAACGAAAGUGAAACUUCUGGAGUAUAUCAAACUCCAGGAGGCCCAUGAGUAAACUCCGAAAUCCAUGAGAGCUCAGAAGCUAAACUCUCUAUCCAAAGAGACUGACCUGAAAAUGAUAAAAAACCAAAAGGGAUGAUUAAUUCAGGAAAUGAUUGCUUUUUCAUAUCCUCUCUUCAAUCACUACUAUGCAUUCCUAAGUUUUUAGAGUCCUUUACAAACGAUGAUUCUUCCAAUGAAAGCAUAAAUAAAAAUUCAAUAAUACAGUCAUUAAAUAACAUUGUUAAUGAUUUUCAGGAAGAAAAUAGUAGCCAGCCUAUUGAUAUCUCUUGCUGAAGGAGACUGUUUGAUGAUGAAUUCGAGCAAGGCAAGCAACACUGAGCUAAUCAAUUAAUAAUGGCUCUGUUCUCGAUGAUCCAAUCCUCUUCUACCCCUCACAAAGUCUUCAAAUCCGACUCUUCCAAAUCCCCUUCUGAAGCUUGGGCCAGCUACAUCAAAGGCCGAGACUCAAUAAUCGACUCUCUCUUCGUGGGCAUGUACAAAAAGUCCUUCCAGUGCGAAACCUGAGGUGGCCAGACUGUGUGCUAUGAAGAAUUUAAGAACGUGCCUCUUCCUUGUGUAGAGGGCCAGGAAGAGCAGAUGAUGGAAGUUAUUAGAGGGGUUGGAAAAGAGGAGGGCUGGAGUGAGUUUAUUUGUAAGAAUUGAGAUAGGACUUUGCAGGGGUGAAUUAUAACAAGCUUAAUGAUCCAUUUCCCUGACUACCUCAUUCUGCCAUUCCAGAGAAUAGACACUUCUGGUGAGAAGAAAAUGACAAAGCCGAUACCUUUCGAAGACGAGUUUACAACAGAUGAACAGGAAUUGACUUACACUUUAAAGAGCUUCAUCUCCCACAUUGGGAGUCUUAACUCCGGCCAUUAUUAUACGUGUUGAAAAGUUGAAGAGGAUUGGUACUGUUGUAAUGAUAGGGCUGUUUACUAUGUUGAGGUCGAAGAGGUACAAAAGUAUAAGGAAAAUGCAUAUAUUUUGAUAUACGAGAAAGAGCAGGAGAAGUAG